AUGGGAGAGCCUCUAAGCCCCUAUAUGCAACCACCACCACUACCAAAAUCAAACUCGCCGGUUUUGUAUUAUGGCGUUUAUGUCAUUGGGAUAGCUGCAAUUGUUCUUGUAGCCUACAACCUCAUCAUCAUAAAAUGGUGCACAGAUCAUUCCAACAUCAGGCCAAGACAUGGAAUAAGUCAUGGCCACGAAACUACCUCGUCACCAAGAUUCGGUGACACAAGGAUGAACUCAAUGACAAGCUUCAAGUACAGGAAACAUGGACUAGAACAAGAUCAAGGUAACAUUUAUGAAUGUGUGGUGUGCUUAUCGGUAUUUGAAGAAGGUGAAGAUGUAAGAAAGCUGCCCAGAUGCCAGCAUUCCUUUCAUGCACCUUGUAUAGAUAUGUGGCUCUACUCUCACUCCGACUGUCCACUUUGUCGUUCCCUGGUUGAGAAACCGAUUCCUCAUCGGAAUAUUCCUGGCUCUCCAUCGGAGUAUUCUCGUGAAGGAUUGCUACAAGCAGGCACAGUAUAG